CGUAAAGUUUCUUAAAAUCUCAAACGAUGAACGAGCAUAUAUGAUUGUGGUCUGAGAACUCGAAAGAAGCUUCAAUCUUUACAGGUGGGCAGAAAACUGAAGAAACAUUUCGGGGGCAAACAGUAGAAAUAAGGAAUCUCUAGUGGGGGGAAGUUCAAAUUGCACAUUUCAAAAAAGAAUCAUUAAAUUAAAUCAAGAGAGUAACCAAAUUGAGAUAUAAACAUGGAAACGAAAACAGAUAGGUUGGUUCCGCAUUAGGGUGAUUUUUUUGCAUCGAACGCAAACAUGGACAGCAUGGAGGUGGACGGUUCCGGCCCUUCAAAGACCUCCUACGCGCCUUAUGUAUCCGAUGCGAUGCGCCAUUGGUUGAGGUCUCUUAAAGCUCAGGACCGCAAGAAGAUAUUGGCCUACGAGCAGAAGGAGGCGGAGAUGUUGGCCCUCAUGGAGAAGGAGGCGGGGAUGUUGGCCCGCAUGGAGACGGCGAGGUUGGCCCGCCUGGAUACGGCGAGGGAGAUGGAGACUGGCGGCCCUGCUGGUGGCGCGUUUGGAGUGACCUCUUUCACUAACUUCUUCCCCAAAGAACGAGCAUCAAAGAUGCUGCAAGCUUGGCCUAUGCUGGAAUCUUCCUUACAAGACUUUGGCAUUUCAAGCUCUCUCAAUAGCGCAAACAAUUCCAUCACCGUUUCAACAACCGCAAGGACUAAGGACGCAUAUGCUAUUGACAAGGCCCAGUGUCUGCUUGAACUUUUGUCUGCAACUGAUGUUCCGCCGUCCAUGGCAUUAGAAACAUUCACUGGCAGUAGGCAGUACAGCCUCGUUAAGAUCGGGGACAUAUGCUCAAAAUACGGGCUCCAAAAGGCGCAAUAUCUUCAAUGGUUGGAACGCCCCUUCCAUUUCCUAGAGGUGCGUUCCACAGUGUAUCCCUUUCAUCUCUUUCUUAACGUAGACACAAUUACUGCUGUGUCUGCCGUGGGCGAUUCAUCUACACUACCUCGCCUCAGCCCUGCGGAGUAUUUAGAAAUUUGCAUUACCAGUAUUUUGCCUUCAGUGGAUGAUAUUGGGGACGAGAUGGAGGAGUCUUGCCCUUUGAUGAACGAAGGUGACCUGCUUGAAGCUUCCUCUCUAUAUUCCUUAUUGGAUGAAAAACAAGCAAAAAGGUUACAAGAGACUUGGACGUUGGUGGAGUCUUUCUUAAAAGAGUAUGGUAUUUCAUGCUCUCUGAAUGUGGCUGAGCGUCACAUGACAUUCUCAACAAAAAGAAGGACCACAGAACCAUAUAUUAUUGACAAGGCUUGGUGUCUUCUUGAACUUUUGUCAACAACUCAUGUUCCAGUGCCUGUGGCAAUAGAUAUAAUAGAUGGCAGCGUGAAACAUGAUUACAUCAAGAUUGGUUUUCAAGAAGGUGGGCUUUGCUCAAUACAUGGGAUCAAGGAGGAGGAGUACUGUAAACGAUGGAAUUGUCUUCGCUGGUCACUACAUGCACUUUCAGAACUGAAGGGUUGUGAUCUGUUUCUUAAUGCACACACUGUUACUGCUGUGGGGACUUCACGUGAAGUAAGUCGUUUGAUCAGGUUGAUUGUGGAAGACUGCAUCAUUUCCAAUGUGUGUCCUGCAACUGCUGCCAGGAAUGUGAGUGAUAACUUAUUCGAAACAUACCGACCACCUGAAACCACAGAGGACCCACACGUCGCGCACAUGAAGAUGAAGUAUGACGGCAUGGCUGAGAUCACCUGUUUCUGUAGGUUAUACGCUAAUGCGACCGUGUUGGAAAAAGAUUGGCAGAUGUUGCAGUCGUGUUUGAAGGAUUACAGCAAUAUUUCAUGCACACUGGUUGCGAACGACUGUGGCAUGACGGUCUCAAUAGUCAGAAGCAUUGGGGAUUCAGAUAUUGUUGGGAAGGCUUGGGAUCUUCUUCGACUCAUGUCAGCAAGUAAAGUUCCGGUUCUUUUGGCAGAGAUGAUACUGAAAGGCACUCUGCAGUGUGUCUUCAUCAAGACUGGGUAUGACGGUGGCCUUUGCUCAAAAAUUGGGAUCGAGAUGCGUCAAUUUUAUCAAGUACUGCUGCCACGUCUUGAGUGCAUCUUGAAGAAUGCUGCAAGCCGAGCAGGUUGCAAGCUUUUGUUCAAGGAUGAAACUAUAAUUGUGUUGGGGAAAGAUCCUGCAGUCUUAAAUUUGUUCGAGAUGAGUGCACGGAAAUGGCUGGAAGAACACAAGGAUGAUAAGGAUGAUUAUGAAAGUCGCAAAGAUUGAAAUAGUUGUUUUUAUUAUCUGCCUUUAACAAUAGAAAGAGUUGUUUGUCUAGAGAUGGCAUUAUGAAUCUAUGAUUGUGUGCUUAAUUUGUUACAUGUCUCCUCGUCCAUGCAACAAUCCCUUAAGUAAUCUGAGCAUACCAGUGAGCUGUGAGAGCCAAUGAUAAAUUUGGUAUCCUACAUGUUUUUCUUUCUUGUUUUUAAAUUUUUCAAGAAGACAUUAAGAUUUCAAAUGCUAUUAU